AUGAAUACAGUUCCCCUACCUCUGAAUAAAGCUGCUAUGAGAAAGUAUGAGGACCUAGAAGUGCCUUGUGAAGCUGUUUUAGCGACGUACGUGUGGGUUGACGGCACUGGCAUAAAUUUGCGUUCAAAGGAUAGAACAUUCGACUUCGUGCCAAAAAUCAAUAAAGAUCUGCCAAUAUGGUAUUUCGACGGCAGUAACACGGCCCAGGCUGCCACAGACAAUUCUGACACGUUUAUCUUCCCCCAAGUGAUUUAUCAAGAUCCUUUCCGACGAGGAAGCCACAUUAUGGUCCUAGCUGACACCUAUCAACACAAUUACCAGCCAACUCCUUCAAAUUACCGCAAAGACUGUACACUGAUGUGCGAGAAGGGUGAAGUUGAAGAGCCUUGGUUUGGUUUCAAUCAAGAGUUUUUCCUGACUACUCCUGACGGUAGACCUUUGGGUUGGCCUCCAGGAGGUUUUCCUGCUCCUCCCGGUCCUUACUACUGCGCUAUAGGUGCUAACAAAAUUGUUGCUCGAGAUCUCAUGGAAGCAUUUUACAGAUGUUGUCUUUAUGCCGGAGUGCAUAUCAACGGUAUUAACCCAGGGACCACGCCUUCCCAGUGGAAUUUUCAGGUUGGACCAUCUCCUGGCAUUACAGCAGCCGAUGAUUUGUGGAUGGCUCGCUACAUACUCAGUAGGUUAGCUGAAGAAUACGGGACUGUUGCUACAUUUGAACCACAGCCAGUACCCGAUUGGCCUGGUAACGGGACGUUUGCUUACUUUUCUUCUAAGGAUAUGAGGGAGGAAGACGGAAUAUUGGUUAUAGAGAGAGCUAUAGAUAAGCUGUCGCGUCGUCACGGAGUGCAUAUCAAUGAGUAUGACGCUCACAAUGGAGCUGACAAUGCACGACGUCUUACUGGAAAAAACGGAAUGCCCAACAUACGGGAUUUCACUGCGGGUGUGGCAAACCGUUGUUGUUCAGUUCGUAUUCCUCGUCAAGUUUCUGAAGACAAGCACGGUUAUUUGGAGGACCGACGGCCAGCUGCCAACGCUGAUCCUUAUCGUAUCAUAUCUAUCUUACUUAAAACAUGUAUAUUUGAUGAAUGA